AUGAGCAGCAGGCUGCCGGUUCUGGGAGUGGACUCGUCUCAUCGUCACUGUCGUCGUCGCCGCCGCCUUCGUCGCUACCGCCUUCGCCUGGGCAUUGUGAGGCCGGACAGUAGUUGGCUGUCUCGGUCGACGCCGUCGGUGCAACGCGGGCAGGGUCGUGUCUAGGCCGGGCUGUAUGGUAGCGUGGUCGUGGGAGAGGGGGGGCCGGAGUUGGUGGUGUGAACACAAUAAAAGGGGAGGACGGUGCCUCCUGCGACGAUCUCGUCUCCGACUGAGUGUGUGUGCAACGCACGCCACCCGCGCACACACAAGGCUCGAGCAGAAGGAAAAAGACCUACGACACUACACAAGUACUCUCCAGCUUCCAGGGUCUGAUAACAUCGGGAUCACAGCACAUUCCGGGUGACUUUGUCAUUUGUUUGAAAUUCAUUAAUCAUGGUUCAGUUUUUCGCCCUAAUCCUCAAACCCCGGGGUCGGGGUUGCUGUUUUAUAUAUUUCAGGAACGUAGAUCCGGACAGCUGCAGCUAAAAUUAAGCACUGGUCACAGGCCGAAGACUGUAUAACCCAAAAAUCACAGGUAUCGUCUUCGUCAGCAUCGUUGUUGCCGCCGCUGCUUCUUCUUCUGAUGGAGCCCAUUGAAGAACUCAGCAAGGCUGCGGCGCUGGGUAAAACGGUAGAAGUGGAGCUACUUCUGGCGCGUGGAGUGAAUCCUAAUGGCACCAACAGCUGCGGCAGAACGCCCAUCCAGGUGAUGAUGAUGGGCAGUACUCCGGUGGCACGUGCGCUGCUGGCCGCCGGGGCUGACCCCGACGUUCGCGAUGCGGUGCUGGGGCUCACCCCGGCGCACGACGCGGCUCGAGAGGGCUUUGUGGCCGUGCUGGCCGAGCUGCGUGCAGCCGGCGCGAGCCUCUGGCAGCGCGACAAGCUGGGCCGCACGCCCGCAGACCUGGCAGCAGCCGAGGGCCACCUCGACGUCGUCGAUUUCAUUAACUCCGCCGUCGAUUUUGGCGCCGGGGACAACGGGAUUAGGGGGUAGCGCUUUCAUGCGCGCUUCCGCGGCCGUCUGGCAACGCUCUUGCUUUUCGGCUAUUAGGAAGCCACUGGGAGCUACGCACUUUUAAAUAAGCUAGAUUGAGAAACUCAUUUCUUUAGAACUGCUUUUUCUGUUUAGUUUGUCGUCUUUCAUC